AUGCAUGCCUUUUCUACUGGCCGUGAGCUCAUGUGUCGGUUACUUUACCAAAGCCCGACACACCCGAUUGAUGAUUCCACCAACCAAGUUGACGAUUCCAACCGUGCUCUCACCCUUGAGCAAGAAAGACUUAGAGGAGUGGUAGAGAAACAUGAAGCUCAAUUUGGCACCAUAACUGCUCAGUUGUCCAACAUCACUGAAAUACUUUCAAAGUUGGCUUUACCUUCUCCCAACAACACCAACCAACCCUCAGGCUCUUCUAACCUUCCAUCCCAACCCCUUCCAAACCCAAAAGGAGGCCUCAAUGCCAUCACACUACGGUCGUGGACUACAUUGGAGGAGAUACCUCCUAGGGUCAUGGAAGAUAUACAUGAGGAGAAAAUGGUUGUUGAAGCUUCACAAGAAGAAGAGGAAGUGAACACAAAGCAAGAGGAGGAAGAAGCAAGCCUUAAGGAGUCAAAGAGGAAGGCUAUCAUAGAUGAAUCUAUUCCCAUUCCAUUCCCGUCCAUGGACUUGUGCACACACAAGGAUAGGAUAGGUGAAUUGGAAACAUUGUCAUUGGGAAGUUCCAUUUCUUCAUUGCUGAAGCCUAUUAUGGAAAAGUAUGGUGAUCCUGGACCAUGCUUGGUGUCUUGUCGCAUUGGUGGGGUUACUUUCCGUGAUUGUAUGUGUGAUUUAGGGGCUUGUGUAAGCAUCAUGCCACUUUCUAUCUUUGCAAGGUUGAAUUUAGCUCCAUUGAAAAGGUCGGCCGCCAAGUUUGCUUUAGCCGACAAGAGUGUGAUCACUGUAGUAGGAAUAGCAGAAGAUGUACUUGUGGUGAUCAAGGAUUUACUGUUUCCAAUUGAUUUCUACAUUUUUGAAAUGCCUCCAACUGAUAAUAGAAGUGCUUCCUCCGUUCUACUUGGUAGACCAUUCUUGAAGACCUCUAAGUUCAAAUUGGAUGCCUUCACCGGCACAUACUCCUUUGAGAUAGGAGACAAGAUCAUCAAGUUCAACUUGGAAGAAGCCAUAAAACACCCACCCGAAGAGCAUUCUGUUCUCCGAUGUGAUAUAAUAGAUGAGGUAGUAGCGGAGGUACGAAGAGAAGAUCACAACAAGCUAUACUACCCUCUUGUUGAAGAGACGAAUGACCAUGAGGGUGAACAAAAGAAUGUUGUCGAGAAUGAACUCCAUGAUGCUGGUGAAAAAGAACCCUAA